CCCUCGAACAGGAUCAAGUACCUCCUCGACCGCCGGUAAUUCUUACACGAAGGAAACAAUCGCAAUACGGAUCAACUGCAAUUGGGCCUUAAAGAAGCAAAUAAAGCGAAGAGGGACCUACGAGAUCAUAUAUACACAUCCACGAUGUCGGCAGUUAACGAUGAGGCUCUUAUAAAGCUCCUCCAAACCCUCGAUACCCGCGCAACCUCCUCCGCCAUCCAACUCCAAUCCCUCAACUCCCUCCUCGCCUCCCACUCCCGCACCCACCGCGCCCACCAACUAACCCUAUCCGAACUCCAAUCCCUCCCGGACUCGACCCCCCUCUGGACCGGCUGCGGCAAGAUGUUCAUCAGAACAGAGACGGAGGAGGUCGUUAAGGAGAUUGAAAAUAGGAUCGAGGAGGUGGAGAGGGAUGUUAGGGAUUUGGGGAAGAAGAAGGGGUAUUUGGAGAUCACGGUUGAGAAUGCGAGGAAGCAGAUGGAGGAGGUCAUUGGGAGGGUGCAGCAGCAGUGAGUAUGGCUGUGAAGUGUAGGAGGGGUGUACGAUAGAGGUACGGGUGGUAUGAAGAGCGGAUGUUUGCAACAAUUGUCAUGUUAUUGUGUGGAAAAGGCAUCUAUAGAAUCCGAGCAAUACGCAUCGAAGAACGUUUGGAGCUUGCUCGUUGAGGUCCAUAUACGUGGUGCUUCUUCAGAUAGGUUAACCUUGAGGUCAUUGAACACCGUUCGCGU